AGCAUAAAAGAAUAAAGAGACUGACCCCAGCGUAUGCCUUCGCUAAAUCCUUCGUCCACCCUAAAUUACAACGACAUUUCAGGUCCUCACAUGCUUCAUCGGACCCAGACCAACUCCUUUCUCUCAGCUAAUCUAAUUUAUUUUUCUUCUUCUUCUUCUUCCCCUAUAAAACUUAUCGUCCCAACUUUCAGAAACCCUAGAAUAACCAGAGACACGAAAAGCCAUUCUGUUUUCCCUCUUAAACUGAAGUUUCUUUUUGUUCAUGGGAAAAACCCACAACCCUCUGAGUGAGUUUCAGGUAAACCCACUUCAGUUCAUGCAGAUUCCUGUAGCAAAAACAGCUGAUUGGGGCUCUAAAUCACCUAAUAAGAGCAGAAAGUGGAAGGGCCAACAAUGGAGAAGCUGUUCUUCAUACCUGAUUGCUCUCUUUUUUGCUCAUCUUUUGGCCUUUUCCCUUCAACCGGUCACUGGCCAGAUGUGGGACGGAGUGGCUGUUACACAAGGAGAUUUUCAAGCUCUUCAAGCUAUAAAACACGAACUCAUCGACCUAAAAGGAGCUUUGCGUAGCUGGAAUGGCAGUACUGGAGCUUGUUCCGGGCAGUGGACAGGAAUCAAGUGUGUGAAGGGGCAGGUCAUUGCUAUACAGCUUCCAUGGAAGGCUCUUGCCGGCCGGAUUUCCGACAGGAUUGGGCAGCUCCGGGAACUUAGAAAGCUCAGCCUCCACGACAAUGUGAUCUCUGGCACAGUCCCUCGGUCGCUCGGCUUCCUUCCAAAUCUCAGAGGAAUUUAUCUUUUCAACAACAGAUUCUCAGGUUCUAUUCCUCCUACAAUUGGUAAUCUUCCCCUUCUUCAAACUCUUGAUUUGAGCAACAAUUUGCUCACAGGAGAAAUUCCUUCUGGUCUAGCAAAUUCUACCAAAUUGAUUAGAGUUAAUCUGAGUUACAAUUCAUUGUCGGGAUCUAUCCCAAGUAGCUUUACGCAGUCGUUUUCUCUUACAAUUCUCGCCCUUCAGCACAACAAUAUUUCUGGGACCGUCCCAGAUUCUUGGGGUGGUCGAACUUGCCCACUUGCGGUUAUAACGCUUGAUCAUAAUGCAAUAUCUGGGGCAAUUCCAGCUUCCUUGAGUAAACUGGAAUGGCUUCAAGAGAUUUCGAUCAGUGAAAAUAAGAUCUCUGGGGCUAUACCAGAUGGAAUAGGCAGGCUGAAGAGACUUCGCCAUUUGGAUCUGUCGAACAACGUCAUUAAUGGUGGCUUCCCUUCAAGUUUCUCCAAUCUAUCCUCUCUUGAAUUAUUGAAUGUUGAAAAUAAUCGCCUGGAAAGCCAGAUUCCAGGAGAUAUUGAUAGAUUGCAGAAUCUCUCAGUGGUCAAGCUUGGGAAGAAUCGAUUUAGUGGUGAGAUUCCUGCAAGUUUGGGGAACAUUUCUGCUAUUACCCAACUUGAUUUCUCAGAAAAUAACUUCACGGGACAGAUUCCAACAUCGCUGGCCAGUUUGUUGAAUCUGACCUCUUUCAACGUCUCUUACAACAAUCUCUCUGGCCCUGUCCCGGUUCUCUUAUCAAAUAAGUUCAAUGCGAGCUCCUUUGUAGGGAACCUUCAACUGUGUGGUUUUAGUGCUUCAACUCCAUGUCAACCUGCAUCCUCCCCACAGAAUAGUACAACUCCAUCAUCUGAGGUCCGGAAACCGCAUCGCCGCCGCAAACUCAGUGUGAAGGACAUAAUUCUGAUAGCCGCUGGAGCUCUGUUGGUGCUUCUUCUGCUUCUCUGCUCAAUUUUGCUGUGUUGUUUGUUAUCAAAAAGAGCUGCUGCUAGAAAGAAUGACAAAACGGCUGGCAAGCAAGCGACAGCGAGAAGCAUCGAGAAGGAAGCACCAGGCAGCACCGAAGUGGGGACGGGUGAAGCCGGAGGAAAACUAGUUCAUUUUGAUGGGCCAUUUGUUUUCACUGCUGAUGAUCUUCUGUGUGCGACUGCGGAGAUCAUGGGCAAGAGCACAUAUGGAACAGCAUAUAAAGCAACAUUAGAAGAUGGUAAUGAAGUUGCAGUGAAAAGAUUGAGGGAAAAAACAACAAAAGGGCAGAAGGAAUUUGAAACUGAAGUUGUGGCACUCGGGAAAAUUAGACACCCAAAUCUACUUGCUCUUAGAGCUUACUACAUAGGCCCCAAAGGAGAGAAGCUUCUUGUCUUUGAUUACAUGCCUAGAGGAAGUCUCUCUUCCUUCCUUCAUGCUCGCGGGCCGGAAACCAUGGUCGAUUGGCCAAUGAGGAUGAAAAUAGCGAUCGGAAUCACGCAAGGCUUGAACUACCUCCACACAGAGGAGAAUCUAAUUCAUGGGUACCUCACGUCCAGCAACAUUCUGCUGGAUGAUCAAACCAAUGCUCGGAUUGCAGAUUUUGGGCUUCCUAAGCUCAUGACUUCAGCUGCAGCCACAAAUGUGAUUGCCACUGCAGGAACACAGGGCUAUAAUGCACCAGAGCUAACAAAAACCAAGAAAACCACAACAAAGACAGAUGUCUACAGCCUUGGAGUCAUAAUAUUGGAACUUUUGACAGGAAAAUCUCCUGGAGAAGCCAUGGAUGGAAUGGAUUUACCUCAGUGGGUGGCCUCAAUAGUAAAGGAGGAGUGGACAAAUGAAGUGUUUGAUCUGGAGCUUAUGAAAGACGCACCAAAUAUUGGUGAUGAACUGCUGAACACCUUAAAACUAGCCCUGCAUUGUGUCGAUCCAUCACCAGCUGCUCGGCCAGACAUUCAGCAAAUUCUCCAGCAACUGGAGGAAAUUAAGACUUCUACUUCUGGUGAGGAUAGCGCCAAAACUCAACCAGCAACUGAAUAGCUACAUAUAGAGAGAAAAUUAUAGAUUACCGCCAAGAUGGGAAGAACAUAGAGGUAUUGUUAUUUUAUUUGGUAUAGUAUAGUGGAGAUUAGAGAAGAGUUGUAUUCUUUUAUUUUUGGUCAGUUAGUAUUUGAAUUAUUCUUUUAUUCAUAUUGAUUCUAAGUGCAUAUUUAUUAUUGAUGGAGAUACAAGUAUAAUACGACCCUUCUGUAAUGUAUUUUAAGCUGAUUGUGAGUUUCAGUUUUUCA